AUGUUGGUGAUCCUGUGGGACCCUGACACGCUCCUCCACAAAACCGUCGAAUUGUUAGGCUCAAACCUCAUUCCUGCACUGGAAUCACCGGAACGUCUUGAAGCAAUCCUCAAGGCUCUCCACAAUUCUGAAUAUAGGGCUGGCACAAGGCAACUUAGCUCGUUGCGGGAAGGCCCGAAUCCACGACUUCUGGAACUCACCUCGGAAACCCAUGGACACGAAUAUUUGCAACACCUACGAAAUGUGUACGAGGAGUGGCUGUCGGCCGGCCUGAUCGAGAAAAACGGGCAUGUGCUGCCGGAGUGUUUUGUGUUCCCCACCUCAACGAGAAAGCCACUACGUCCACCUAAGGACCCUUUCGCACGAGCAGGGUAUUACGCCUUUGAUAUGAGCAGUGGCAUCAUGUCAGAAAGUUAUCGAGCCAUAGUUGCUUCCGCGAACCUGGCAUGUGAGGGGACAGACAUGCUUUCAGGCUUUGAUAAUGGCCAGCCCAACGACAUCGACACCGUCUUGGCUCUAUGUCGGCCACCAGGGCACCACUGCGACGGUCAACGAGCAGGCGGCUACUGUUACAUCAACAACGCUGCUUUAGCUGUGAGUGCAUGGCGUUCACAUCAGCCUGAUGCGCAAAUCGGAAUCUUGGACAUCGACUUCCACCACGGCAACGGCACACAGGAGAUUUUCUACGCCGAUGGUAAAGUUCUGUACGUAAGCAUUCACGGCAAAGACGAGUUCCCAUAUUACACCGGCGACGAAGACGAGACAGGCAUCGGCGAGGGACAGGAUAUGAACAUUAACCUUCCGCUCAAGGUCGGCAGUUCGAUCGAAGAUUAUCUCGAAAAAGUCGGCUUCGGGCUGAAGAAACUCGAGCAGUUCAAGACCGAGUUCCUGAUUGUGAGUCUGGGGUUCGACACUUUUCAUGCGGAUCCAUUAGGACAUUUCCAGAUUCACACAGAGGACUAUGAGACCAUUGCAAGGACAACAAGAAAGACGCUCAAAGCGGUACCGGCCCUUAUCCUCCUUGAAGGGGGAUAUGUCAUUGAGCACCUUGGUGCGAACAUGUUGUCAUUUCUCAAAGGAUGGAAAUCUGCUUAG